AAAUAUCUUCGUAAAUUUACGAAGUGAAGGAGUAUUCAGUUGUCUGGUGAGCAAAUUUCGAUUUAUUUAAGCAGAUAAACUCACAGACACGUGGCACUUCCGGAUUGGGCGAGUCCUCCGCCAGCCAUCCAUGAUCCAUGGCCUCUUUGUGCUUGUGUGGCCACUCAAAAAUGCUGAAGAAAAAAAAAGAAAUAAAAUGAAAAUUCUUGUUUGCACUGCAGCCAUGCUCGCAAAUCUCAAUCCGCACUUCCGAUGAAUCGAGCCUGAUUGCAUGAUUCACACCAAGAACGAACUGAAUCCGAUUCAAGCAAGCAGCAGAUAGAUACACAUAUACAUACACAAACACACACGCACAUAUUUGCUUGCUUUCUCCCCUUCUUCCACACCCAUCAAUGGCGGCGGCCCUCACCUCAAAUUCCUUCCUCCCGACCACCCCGGCUCCCAGCAUGAGAUCCCACCUCAAGAACCGGCGACACGCCGUGAUUUUACCCAAGCGGGCCGGGCCGUUCGCUAAACGGGCCGAGAAUGGGGAGGCCGACCAGAGCCCGAAUCCCCCCGCCCUCGGGUUUUUCGACCUGGCCAAAUUGGCCCAGGAUGUCAAAUCCCUAGUCCCGGCGGUGGCAGCUGACCCCGCUUCCGGGCUGAGUUUCGGCGGACAGAGGCGUAAGGAUCCAGGUACGGUUUUUGUGGCGGGCGGGGCUGGACAGGCUGGCAUCCGAAUUGCACAAGCCCUUUUGCGUCGGGGUUUCAGUGUUCGGGCCGGAGUCCCUGACCUUGGUGCUGCUCAGGAGCUGGCUCGUUUGGCAUCCGACUACAAGAUAAUCUCCGGCGAGGAAUCAAAACGGCUCAACGCCGUCAGCUCCGACUUCGAAGACGCGGAAUCGAUCGCAAAGGCAAUCGGUAACGCGAGCAAAGUCGUCGUGACAAUCGGGCCCACAGAAAACGGGCCCACUGGCGAAGUCACGGCUUCCGAUGCACUUCAAGUCAUCCAAGCCGCACAGCUGGCAAAAGUCGGCCACGUGGCAGUAAUCUACGACUCCUCCUCGGGACCCGUGUCCACCUACAAUGUCCUCGACGGCAUCUCGUCAUUCUUCAACAACCUCUUCGCGAGGUCUCAGCCUCUGACAGUUGCAGAGUUCUUACAAGAGCUCGUGAAGAUCGAUGUAAGCUACACUCUCGUCAAGACAAAGCUGACGGACGAUUUUGCCCUCGAGGGCUCGUACAAUGUUGUUGUGUCGGCUGAAGGAGGUGCUGCUGCUGCUGCUUCGGCAGCUGCCAUCGACUACAAAGUAAUUUCGCAGGUUACAAAGUCGCAGAUAGCUUCGCUUGUGGCCGACGUUUUCUCCAACACGGCCGUUGCGGAAAAUAAGGUUGUUGAGGUCUUCACAGAUCCAUCAGCAGCCUCAAAGGAAAUUGCAGAAGUCCUCAGUACCAUCCCAGAGGACAAUAGACGAAUGGAGUAUGCCGAAGCCCUUGCGAAAGCAAAAGCCGAGGAAGAAGCCAACAAGGCCUCCGAACAAGCCGAGGCUGAGAAAAAUCUUGAGGAGCAAGAAUUUCGGGCUUCCAGCCUGGCAACCGAGGCCCAGAAGAAAGUACAAUCAGCAGCAGAAGCUUCGGUAGAGAGCUUCUUGAGUCGUGCUAAGGGUGUGACCUCGUCUUGGGAGAAUCUGAGUUUGCAGCUCAAAUCGGCUGUUCAGAAGACGGCUAAUGGGCCUGAGCCCAAAGUGCGGGUGGCCACUGUAAGGGGACAGGCCAAGGCCCGUUCGCUGCCCUCUGUGAAGGCCGUUGUGAAAAAACCGAGCUUGAAAUCGAAGGAUGUCUCGAAACAAAAGGAUAAUAAGACGACUGAGACGAGAAAGGUUUUUGGAGGGUUGUUCAAGCAGGAAACUAUCUACAUUGAUGAUGACUAGAGCAAGAAUUAUUCUGAUGAUGAGCUGAGGGAAUUUGGACUUUGGACAUGUUUUUGAGAUUGUAUUUUGCCGAUCAAAGUUGUGUUCAAGACUUUGAGAUGGGUUUAUUAUAUACUUUGUACACAAUUGUGUAGGGGAACAUAACUUUUGUUGUGUAUUAAGUGUUGAUGUAAUAUGCUGUCUUUGUGAAUCUCAGUUGCUGCAGGGUUUUGUGAAUUUGGAAACCCAGAAAUGGAUUUUAUUGAUGUAUUUAAUUAUUUUCAUUUUUCAUUUGCUGGGACAAUAUAAGCAGUGGUGACUGGAUACAAAACAAGAAAAGGAACAUAUUCUCCUUGUCUUACUUUCCUUCUUCAAUCAAAU